CCAUGGAAGAAGCCACCCUGCUUGACGGAAUGUCGAGUCCGGAGGAUGAGAUCGUGCAAGACCUGUUCGGCGCGGAGGGUCGGUUUGUUUCCGAAGACAUGCCGCUGAAAGCCCCGGUGGCGGUGACGGCCGAGGAAGAGGAGUUCCACGUGUUACAAGACGCAUACCUGAGCCCCGCGGACCCAAAAGAGCCCCUCCUGCACGCGUUCAACCCCCCGCUAAACGUGAACUGCAAUAAUAAAGUCAAUGUCGAGCUCCUGGGGGAUGAAAACGAGGAGGAAUUGUUCGGGGAGUAUCCGAGUCUCCCCGAGCUCAACGCCCUAGAGGACGCGGUUCUUCCCGCCGCCCCGCCGCCGCCGCCGCCGCAGCAAGCCUACAACUUGCACUUCUUGUCCUCCCUGCUGACCCCUCACAGAAGUCCUGCCGUGGUGCCCCUGGGCGCCUGGGCCCGGGAAGGAGCCGCCCACUCCGGUGUCCGGGUGAUUCCAGUUGAACUAAAGGAAGGAGGUGGCACGAUUAUCAGUAACAAUCCGGAGGAAGCAAGUCAGCAAAGCCAUCUUGCCCAGGAACCGUCUUGCAAGUUCCCAUCAUCCCAGGAAGCAGAGGAGGCCUCGGGCUGCUCUCAUAAGAAGGACUUGAACCCAAUGGUGAUAUGUCAGUUGAAAGGGGGCACACAAAUGCUGUGCAUAGACAAUUCUGGCACAAGAGAGCUGAAAACACUCCAUUUGGUUCCCCAGUAUCAAGACCAAAAUGAUUAUCCACAGUCAGAUGCCCCCAAACCAGUGACUGCUUUAGUGGGGAGGUUUCUGCCAGUACCAGCAAAAUUAAAUCUCGUCACACAACAACUGGACAACGGAGCUUUACCGUCCAUAGUCAACGGGCCUUCUUUCACCUCGGGAUCGGCUCUUCCAGGACCACCCAAAAUCGCUUUGGCUGGGUACUGUGACUGCUUUGCCAGUGGGGACUUCUGCAACAACUGCAAUUGUAAUAAUUGUUGCAACAAUUUACGUAAUGAAAUCGAACGGUUUAAGGCCAUCAAGGCAUGUCUUGAUAGAAACCCGGAAGCUUUCCAGCCAAAAAUCGGGAAAGGGAAACUGGGGGACGUGAAGCCCCGACACAGCAAAGGCUGUAACUGCAAGCGGUCGGGCUGCCUUAAGAAUUACUGCGAGUGCUACGAGGCCCAAAUUAUGUGUUCUUCUAUUUGCAAAUGCAUUGAUUGCAAAAAUUAUGAAGAAAGCCCAGAACGAAAAACACUGAUGAACAUGCCAAUCUAUAUGGACAUUGGAGGGUCUGAAGGCAGCCAUCACUUGUCACCCACUAAAUUUGCAGGACUACCAAAAUUCAGGAAAGAAAAGCAGCUGUCCUGCAUCUCCUGGGAGGUGGUGGAGGCCACGUGCGCCUGCCUGCUGGCGCGGGGUGAAGAGGCCGAGAAGGAGAACCACCCCGAGUACCUGGCCCAGCAGGUGAUCCUGGAGGAGUUCGGCAGGUGCUUGUCGCAGAUUCUCCACACGGAGUUCAAAUCCAAAGGGUUGAAAAUUGAGUAGAGUGCAGUGUGGUGAUGUGUGAAUUUCCUCCAAAGUUCUGGAGGAAAUCUGUGGUGGAGGAAGGUGGUUUUAAGGAACGCGAGGCCAAGUCUGCAUCAACAGCUACACCGUGAAGGCCAGGCUCCCCCUGCGUCAGGGGACCAGGGACUUGGUCUCCCAGGCGCAGGACAUAACCGGUGCUGUUGGACCAGGUGGGGAGCCUGGGUUCCUGGGACGCGUCUGCGCUGACGGUGCGUCCUUCAGGGUAAACACAAGCCCUGGGGAGACAGGGAAGUCCGAUCCUAGCGACUUCACCCUCCUUUGGGAAUUUUCCUCUGGAGGCUUCUGGGCGUAAAAAGCCAUAGGGAUUUUCCCGCAAAAUUAUUUAGAAAUAAAUUCUCCAGAUGAGCUGCUAAGAUACAACUUAAAAUCUCUAGAGAACUACUGCAUACCCUGAAGAAUUUCUGAGCGCAGGUAUUUCCCUAGAGUCACACAAAUUAUCAGUCUCUGCUAAGGCCGCCGAGAAACGCAGACGCUGUGGUUCCAUCAGCAGCGUCUUGAGCUGCGGGACUGAAAGUUAUCUAGUUUCUUAUGUGUUUCUGUUUGAAUUGUGGAAAAUAUCUACUACCCAAUUAACUUCUCUGUAAUUAUUAUUAUAAUGUUAUUAUUGUUGGUAAAAUAUGGUUAAAAUAACUAGUUUGCAGGAAGCAGCA